CCCUCCCCCUCCUCCCCUUGAUAUUUGCAUUGGGAAUGAGAUAAGGCAGCGCCAUCUGCUCUUCAGCGCGCAUUUAUGCUUUCAGAAAUUUCUUCCUCCAAAAAACUCAGUGCUCUCCCAUGGCGGCUUCUUCUUUCUCCACACCUCUCGAUGUCCAAUUCAUCGCCCAUUCCUCCGACAAACCCUCGCCCAUGUUCUUCACUUCCCCUCUCCGGCGGAAGAAUUUUACCAAGCGAUUGACGGUCCUCUGUAGCUCCUCCAAAUCCCCUCGAAAAUCUCCUCAAACUUCUUCACAAUCAAACCACAAGAACCCAUCUCUCUCCGACCAGCUCAAAAACCUCUCCACAACCACUCUCUCCACCUCCCCCAAAGACGACGAGUCCCAUCUCUUAUCGAAGCCCAAGUCCACCUGGGUGAACCCCACCAAGCCCAAGCGCUCCGUUCUCUCCCUCCAGAGGCAAAAACGUUCUUCUUACUCCUACAAUCCCAAAAUGCGCGAGCUCAAGAGCUUUGCCCAGAAGCUCAAUGCCUGCGAUUCCUCUGAAAGUGCUUUCGUGGCGGCUCUUGAGGAAAUCCCCCAUCCACCCACUAAAGAGAACGCCCUUCUGAUCCUCAAUAGCCUGAAGCCAUGGCAGAAAACCCAAAUGUUCUUCAACUGGAUCAAGUCCCAGAAUCUGUUUCCUAUGGAGACCAUCUUCUACAAUGUGGCUAUGAAGUCUUUGAGGUACGGGAGGCAAUUUCAGGUUAUUGAGGAUCUUGCUAAUGAGAUGAUCAGUAGUGGGAUUGAGCUUGAUAACAUUACUUACUCUACUAUUAUCACUUGUGCUAAGAAGUGCAGUAGAUUUGAUAAGGCAAUGGAGUGGUUUGAGAGGAUGUAUAAAACUGGUUUGAUGCCUGAUGAGGUUACUUACUCUGCUAUUUUAGAUGUUUAUGCAAAUUUGGGGAAGGUUGAGGAGGUUCUUAGUUUGUAUGAGAGAGGGAGGGCCAGUGGUUGGAAGCCUGAUCCUGUUACAUUCUCUGUGUUGGGGAAGAUGUUUGGGGAGGCAGGGGAUUAUGAUGGGAUUAUGUAUGUUUUGCAAGAAAUGAAGUCGAUUGAGGUGCAGCCUAAUCUUGUGGUGUACAACACUUUGUUGGAUGCGAUGGGGAAGGCUGGGAAGCCUGGUUUCGCGAGAAGCUUGUUUGACGAAAUGAUUGAGUCGGGGAUAACGCCGAAUGAGAAGACGUUGACUGCUCUUGUUAAGAUUUAUGGGAAAGCGAGGUGGGCUCGGGAUGCGUUAUACUUGUGGGAGCGGAUGAGGUCGAAUGGGUGGCCAAUGGACUUCAUUUUGUACAAUACGCUGUUGAAUAUGUGUGCGGAUCUUGGUUUGGAGGAGGAAGCUGAGAAACUCUUUGAAGAGAUGAAGAAGUCGGAGAAUUCUAGGCCGGAUAGUUGGAGCUACACCGCGAUGUUGAAUAUACAUGGCAGCGGAGGCAAUGUGAAGAGAUCCAUGGAGUUGUUUGAAGAAAUGCUUGAGUUAGGUGUUGAGAUCAAUGUGAUGGGUUGCACUUGUUUGAUUCAGUGCUUGGGGAAAGCUCGGAGGAUAGAUGAUCUAGUUCGAGUUUUCGAUGUUUCGGUACAGAAAGGAAUCAAGCCAGAUGACAGACUUUGUGGUUGCUUGCUAUCUGUUGUGUCCUUGUGUGACAAUAGUGAAGAUAUCAACAAGGUAUUCACUUGUUUGCAGCAAGCUAACCCAAACUUAGUCGCCUUCAUAAAUCUUCUGCAACAAAAUGUCAUUACCUUUGAAGUUGUCAAAGAAGAAUUUAGAAAAAUUCUCGGCGAGACUGCCACUGAAGCUCGACGACCUUUUUGUAAUUGCCUGAUCGAUAUAUGUCGAAACCAAAAUCUCCGCGAGAGAGCUCACGAACUACUCUAUUUAGGAAGUCUAUAUGGAUUAUACCCAGGGCUCCACAACAAAACCGAAUCUGAAUGGUGUCUGGACGUUCGAUCUCUAUCAGUAGGCGCUGCUCAGACUGCACUCGAAGAAUGGAUGACAACUCUUUCAAAGAUUGUACAACGAGAGGAAGCAUUACCACAGUUGUUAUCAGCUCAAACUGGUGCAGGAACUCACAGGUUUUCCCAAGGGCUGGCCAAUUCAUUUGCUUCUCAUGUAGAGAAACUCGCUGCUCCAUUUCGGCUACGAGAAGACCGAGCCGGUUGGUUCGUUGCCACACGGGAGGAUUUGGUUUCAUGGGUGCAUUCAAGAGUACCAUCUGUGGCUGCCACACCUUAACCAGCCAUGGAUUUAGUUCUUUUAGGCACCUGUUAUCCCUACAUUGUAGGAGUUAAGGCAAAAAUAUUGUACUUUUCAAAAGAAUAGAACAGAGUUCUUUCUUCUGCUUGAA